GGGAUAGCGAGCUCAUUGAGCUUCCUUCAGAGAACCCCAGAGGGUCAAUACUCCUAUAAAUUGAAUUGGCAUGCCAUGGCUCUUCUCUUAUGUUCAUCAGCACAUCCAACCUUCAUUGCAUUCGUAACUCUCAAGACUUUAUCACAAAGAUUCUAGAAAUUGCCCAACAUGUCUUCAACUUCAACGGCGCAAGAACCUUGGUCGCUUGUCGACAAGACAGCCAUCGUCACCGAAGCGUCUCGUGGCAUCGGACAAGCCAUCGCCAUCCACUUAGCCCGCAAGGGUCUCUCCAAGUUAGCAUUUACGUGCGCCAGCAACUCCGAUGCAGCACAAAAGACUCUAGAAGAGUGCCGUAGACUCGGGGUAGAAUUCGCCAUCGCCAUCCAAGCAGACGCUCUCGACCCAUCCUUCGGUACCAAAAUUGUCUCCCAGACCCUCCAACAGCUUUCCCCCACCUCCAUCGAUAUCCUCGUCAACAACGCCGUCUUAAGCGACUACUCCAAGGUGGAACCAAUCAACGACACAACCCUGACCGUCUUCCUUCUUCAAGUCAUGCAGGCCAACGGCGGCGGGCGCAUCAUCGCCAUCUCGAGCGUGCUAGCCUACCAAGCCAACGCGGAUCCUACAAUGACGUACGGUGCCAGCAAGGCGGCCUUCCAGAGCUACAACCGCUCGCUCGCCGAGGCAUUUGGCAAGACCACCAAGGCGACGUUUAACAGCGUCAUUGUCGGCCUGACGGCCACGGACUCGAUUAACAAUAGCAAGGAUUUGCUUCCGGCGGGUGAAGAGGGUCGUUGGGUUAACGGGGCUGCUGUGAGUACCAAUGGAGGUAAUCGGCUUGUUAUGGCUGCUCUUGGAUAGAUGGUUUUUUAUGAGGUUGAGAAGCUAGCGAAACCACUGUACUGUUAAGUUUCUUAUCAGAACUUUUAUAAAGAGCGUCGUAUAUCGAAAUCGGUCGCUCCACGAGGUCGACGAGGGACAUUUGGACCAGCCUCUCGAGGGGGCGUUGCUUGAACAGGAAUUUAGGUCUCUUGGCU